AAAAACGCAGUGUCAGUCAGUUCGGCCCUGCUUGGCACAGCAGUGGACGUGGAAUGCUGUCAAUGUAUCAGUCGCUUUCACAGUAAUGGAUCUGUCAUCGUAACAAACCACACAUUAAUGCUUAGACAGCGAAUUACACUGUAAACCAAUGAGGGAAGCGUUCGCUCGACCUAAUCUGGACUGCCCCGGCGAAGGAAACAAGUGACUUUUGAUUAGCUUGUAAGCUAUUUUUUUGUCGUUUAUGUCAUAGCUGCGUUCAAAUUAUGCGCAGCAAAGAGGAACACGACUGGUAAAGCUGCUGUCCUGUUCUUUCAUUCCCUGGCUUUGCUCGCACGUCUGUUUUUGCGAUGGCUCCUAUGGGCAUCCGGCUUUCGCCGCUCGGCAUAGCCGUGUUCUGCUUACUCGGGGUCGGCGUGAUCUAUCACCUGUACGCGGGGGUUUUGUCCAGCAGACUCGCCUCUUUUCGCCAGAAGAGGACCGUGGAUCUGAGAGAGCUGCUGGCGCUGUCCAUAGACGCUGCGGUGCAGGGCGGACGGGAGGUGAAGAGGAUCCGGGAGGACAACACACUGGAGGAGAAGUCAAAGGGAAAAACUAAAGAAGGGGCCAGCGAGAAACUUACGCUGGGGGAUCUCAACUCCCACCGCAAGAUGUACUACCUAAUCAAGAAUACCUUCCCUAAUAUACAGGUAAACUCAGAAGAGCAUGCGAAUGCUGAAGGUGAGGCCACAGUGUGGACAAGAAUCAUCCCGGAAGAUAUUCUGGCCAAAGUCUCAGGCGGGAAGGAGAUUCCUGCAGAAAAGAUCACAGUCUGGAUUGAUCCACUGGACGCCACUCAGGAAUACACAGAAAAUCUCCGGAAGUACAUCACAACCAUGGUGUGUGUGGCUGUGGACGGGGAACCUGUUAUAGGUGUGAUCCAUAAACCCUUCACUGGGUACACAGUUUGGGGUUUUGUUGGAGAGGGAUCCAAUGUGGCUCCUCGUGAUUCCUACAACACAAACUCUCCGAAGGUGAUCGUCUCUCGCUCUCAUGCGGGCAAGGUGAAGAGCUUCGUUCAGACGGCGUUCGGCAACAAUACAGAAAUCAUACCAGCAGGGGGCGCAGGAUAUAAGGCACUGGCUCUUCUAAACCCCACUGAUGAAGAACAAGAGACGGCUGAUAUCUACAUCCACGUCACAUACAUCAAAAAGUGGGAUAUCUGCGCGGGCGACGCGAUCCUGAAGUCUCUCGGUGGUCAGAUGACGACUCUGAAAGGAGAGCAGAUUGAUUACUCUGGUUUAGAAGGGAACAAGGGAGGUCUCUUGGCCAGCAUGAAAGCCGAUCACAAGGCAUUGGUGAAAAGACUUCCACUCUGGGAAGACAACAAACAAUAAUAACUCACUUCUUCUGUUCAUAACACUCCCAUUUUCUUCCGUACAACAUAUUUGUUUAGAAAUAUGAAGAUACGAGAAACAGAUUGCAAGAGGAGAUGACUGAUCCAACAUCGCUGACUCUGGAAUAUGUAAUAAUAUCCCAAACAAGUUUGAGGUGUGCUCUAUAGAAAGGAUGUGUGCCUUUGGUUUGUACAGGUGAUUAGUAAUGCAUUGUGCUACACAUUUAUAGGGAUAGUACACCCAAAUCUAAAUUUGAUGUUAAUUUACUCACCCUAAAGCCAUCCAAGAUGUAGCGGACUUCUUUUUUUUUCAGUAGAAUAUUAAAAGAUGAUUUUUAGAUGAAUCUAUGGUCCUUGGUGAUUCUCAAAAUGCAGAGAAUUAAACACUUUGAGAGUUAAAAACUAAAUUAAUUUUCAUGGCUAGUGAUGAUACACUGAGGUCUUAUGCAAAACGAUCAGUUAACAGUAAUCAACCUUGAAAUUCAAGUGAAUUCACGACAGUAAGGAGUGCGAACUUCCUGUCACACAAUGAUGUAUAUCAAACUUUUUUGACGCUUUACAAUACGAUUCCAUUAAUGAUAAUUCAUGUGUUUAUUAACAUGAACUAACAAUGAACAAUACUCUUAUCACUGUGCAAAAUUUACUAAUAAUCCCAAAGUUGUGCUUGUUAACACUAGUUAAUGCACUGUGAGUUAAAAACGAACACAGAUGGACUUUGUUUCAAACUUUGUUAACAAAGUUAAAUAAAUACUGAAGAUGUUCUCUGUUAUUUCACGUAAGUACAUACAUUAGCUAGUGUAACCUAAUUGUAAUGUGUUACCAAGUUAUUUAUAUAGGUUGCAGCAUUCAGAAUAAGCACAAGUACCAUUUUGAUGAACAGUACAGCACAUGUGCCCUCCCUCUCUGUUGUAAACAGUGCCAUUAUGUGACUAAGGUCAGAAAUGUUGGAAAUAAUGGUUCAUAUUUUGCAUAGACUGUUUGAUUCAUUUUUAAAGACCUCAGUGGGUAACCGUUUAGAAUAAUGGUCCGUCAGUAAAUGUAUUUAUUGUUUUAUGUAUUGUUUAACAUUUAUUGAUGCAUUAAAAAUAUUUGCUGGAAUAGUUAGUGGUUUAUUCUGCUGUGGCAACCUCUGAAAUAGAGACUAAGCCGAAGGAAAAUGAACAAAAUAAUGAUGUAUUAUUAACAUCUAAAGUUGGUCUUGUUAACAUUAGCUAAUGCUAAUGUUAACAUUUUUAAAUUAAACAACAUGACCUAAAGUUAACAAAGAUAAUUAAAUUCCAAUUAAAAAUGUAUUAUUAAUAGUUUAUGUUUACAUUCAUAUGUAAAUACAUUCAAACAUAAAGCAUUCAUUUUCUUUAGCCUGUAUAUGUUUUUUUUAACUCUCAAAGUGCCGGUAGCCAUUAACUUUUAUUUUAUGAAUUAUCAAAGACCUAAAAACUACUGAGACUACUAAAGACACCUACAUCUUAGCCUUUAAGUGAGCAAAUUCUCGGUUUAGUUCACCCAAAAAUAAUUAAUAAUCUCCUGAGACCUUUGAUCAUCUUAAAAAUUUGAAUUAAGAUAUUUUAGAUGAAAUCCUGGAGCUCUCUCAUUCUCUAUAGACAGCAAUGGUCACAAGACUUUCAAAGUCCAGGAUAGUAAUCCAAACAUUUUUCAAAACAUUUCAUGUGACUUCAGUAGUUCAUUGUAAUUAUGUGAAGCUCCAAAAACACGUUUGUGCAACAAAAUACUGUAAAAACAUCUUUGUACUCCAUGUCGCAUCAUGGUGUGCAUUUACUAUGGGCACUACGACGCUUGUGUUUCAAUACAUUGUACUGGCCUUAAUAAACACACACCCUGACCUGUCAUAGAAUAGAAGACAAAAGCAAAUAAAGUCAUUUCUAGAGUUUUUUGGUGUACAAAAAUGUUCUUGAAGCUUUGUAUGAUUACAGUUGAACCGCAUGAAAGGUUUUGACAAUGUUUUUAGUUCCCCAAAAAGAAAUAAUUAUCUCCUGAGACCUUCGAUCAUCUUCAAAUGUGAAUUAAGAUAUUUUAGAUGAAAUCCAGGAGCUCUCUCAUCCUCCAUAGACACCAAUGGUAACAAGACUUUCAAAGUCUAAGAAAAAAGAGCCCAAACAUUUUUCGAAACAUUUUAUGUGACCAGUAGUUCACUGUAGUUUUACAAAGCUCAAAGAACACAUUUGUGCACCAAAAUACUGUAAAAGCACCUUUGUAUUCCACGUCGCAUCAUUUACACCUUUGUAUUCCACGUCGCAUCAUUUACAAUAUACUGCCCUUAAUAAACACUCUCCCUGACCUGUCAUGGAAUAGAAGACAGAAGCAAAUAAAGUCAUUUCUAGAGUUUUUUUGGUGCACAAAAAUGAUUUUGGAGUUUCGUAUAAUUACAGUUUAACCACUGACACACAUGGAAUGUUUUGUCAAUGUUUAUAGUUUCCCAAAAAAUAAUUAGUAAUCUCCUGAGCCCUUCGAUCAUCUUCAAAAUACUAAGUAAGAUAUUUUAGAUGAAAUCCCAGAACUUUCUCAUCCUCCAUAGACAGCAAUGGUCACAAGACAUUCAAUGUCCAAGAAAAGGAGCCCAAACAUUUCAUGCGACUUCAGUAGUUCACUGUAAUUAUGUAAAGCUCCAAGAACACAUUUGUGCAUCAAAAUACUGUAAAAACAACGUUGUAUUCCACCUCGCAUCAAUUUCUAGAGUUUUUUUUUUGAUGCACAAAAAUGUUCUUGGAGCUUCAUAUGAUUACAGUUGAACCACUGAAGCCGCAUGGAAUGUUUUGACAAUGUUUUAGUUCCUUUUAUGGACAUUUCAGCACCGUAGCUGUAUAUGGGGAAUGAGUGAGCUCUCGGAUUUGAUCUAAAAUCUCCUAAUUUAUGUUUUAAACCAUCAAGCGAUUAGAACAACUAGACUACUUAUAAACAGAAUUGUCAUUUUUGGGUGAACUAACACUUUAAUUGCAAAUUUUCAGUUUUGGAUGAACUGUCUCUAAAAGCGUCUGGGGUCAAAUCAAAUCACAUUUAUUUUAUUUAAUAAAAACUCUACAAGAUGUACCAGUAGCUGUAUGUCAUGUCAUGUGAUUUUAUUUUUAUUUACCUAUAUUGUUUUGAGAAUGCUUCCAAAAUGACUGGUAAAACCAGGUUUAAAUGGUUAUGGGUGAAGAUUUAACUGUGAAUCCAGAAACUUGACUACUUUUCAUAUAAUUCAAAGCAUUGUCCCCUCCCUCUGUGGCGUGUAUUUGGUUUUGUGUCGGAUCUCAGUUCGUAUGGUUUAUACAUUGUUUCCUGAAUUGCUAUGUGAAUUAGACUGCAAAGGUUUAAGCAGUGAGUGUAAAUAAAAAUAAAUACAGUAUAAGAUUAAGGUCUUAUUUUGUUUUUAAGGGAAGGUUAAUUGGAUUGAGUGGAGUAGGUGCUCAAAAGAUGCCCUGGGUGAUUUAUACAGAUGUUAAAUUGUUCACUGUGAUUGCAGGUUUAAAAAAAUGUAUUUUUCUAUGAGUAUUCAUACCCUUGCUAUUAUUGUUGAGAUUCCACAGAUAGCCAUGGUACUGUUUGUCCCUCUGAUUUAAAAAAGUGUGCAUGAAUAAAAUAAUGUAGAGGAAUUAUUUUAUUUUAUUAUUUGUAUUUCUUUUUGCUGCAUGUGCACUUUUCUUCUCAGAAAUUUGAGGCAUUUUAUUUGGCAUCACACUGAUCGACAUCUUCAUUCUGCCUUUAAUAAAUAAAUGGCAAUGGA